CUUCAACAGAAGCACUAAGACACCACCUGCUAUUCUGGACUGUAAAGAGUCCCUCUGUUAGUGUUCUUCGCUGGAGCCUUGCCGUGAAUAUUUAAUGUCGCCCUGAAGAGAGUGGAUUGGUAAAAAAAAAUAACACAAAAAGGAUCAUGGGGCGGCUUCUUCCCUGGGGGCGCAAGCCCCCUGCCCACAUUUGUGGGCGUUCAAGAUGUCUCUAAACCGUGCAAAGGAGCUGAACACUUCAGCGCUGAGGAGAAUAGCCGCCGACAUGAGCAACAUAAUUGAAAGCCUGGACUCGAGGGAGCUCCACUUGGAGGGCGAGGAAGUCGACACGGAUGUUCAGCAUGACCCUAAGGCCCCUGUGGGCAUUCCAUUCUCAGCCAUUUAUAACACUAAAGGAUUUAAAGAGACUCUACUGCAGAUCUACCUAACCGGGUGCCCCAUCCGUGUGCGAGUGCUGGAAGUGGAGCGAUUUACCUCGACUACAAAGGUACCAAGUCUACAUGUUUACACCAUUGAAUUGACCCACGGGGAAUUUACAUGGCAGGUGAAAAGGAAAUUCAAGCACUUUCAAGAAUUCCACCGGGAGCUGUUGCGAUACAAAGCUUUCAUACGAAUUCCCAUCCCUACAAGAAGGCACACAGUUCGAAGACAAACCAUCAAAAGGGGAGAAGCGAGACAAAUGCCAAGUCUACCACGCACCUCUGAGAACAUGGCCAGAGAAGAGCACCUGUCCAGUAGAAGGAAGCAACUGGAAGAUUACUUAACAAACCUCUUAAAAAUGCCCAUGUACAGGAACUACCAUGGAACGAUGGAGUUCAUUGGUGUAAGUCAGCUGUCAUUCAUCCAUGAUCUAGGACCAAAAGGCAUAGAAGGCAUGAUCAUAAAACGGUCUGGGGGUCACAGAAUACCUGGCCUGAAUUGCUGUGGACAGGGGAGGCUGUGCUACCGGUGGUCCAAAAGGUGGCUAGUAGUAAAAGACUCCUUUUUAAUGUACAUGAAGCCAGAUAGCGGAGCUAUUUCGUUUGUCCUGCUGGUGGAUAAAGAAUUCAGCAUCAAAAUUGGCAAGAAAGAAGCAGAAACUAAAUAUGGGCUACGAAUUGACAAUCUCUCCCGGUCACUCAUUCUGAAGUGCAGCAGCUACAGACAUGCUCUCUGGUGGUGCCAAGGAAUAGAAGAAUUCAUUCAGAAGAAUGGCAAGAACUUCCUCAAAGAUCACAGAUUCGGUUCUUAUGCAGCCGUCCAGGAGAACACAUUGGCAAAAUGGUAUUUGAAUGCAAAAGGUUACUUUGAAGAUGUCGCCAAUGCCAUGGAAGCAGCUAAAGAAGAGAUUUUCAUCACAGACUGGUGGUUAAGUCCAGAGAUAUUCUUGAAGCGGCCCGUGGUGGAAGGGAAUCGGUGGAGGCUGGACUGCAUUCUGAGACGGAAAGCGCAACAAGGGGUGAAAAUCUUUGUGAUGCUCUACAAAGAAGUGGAGCUGGCUCUGGGCAUCAACAGCGAGUACAGCAAGCGGACUCUGAUGCGUUUGCACCCCAGCAUUAAGGUAGCGAUGCUCGUGGUCCUCCGCUCUGCGGCUGACUGGUCGGCUGGGAUCAAGUAUCACGAGGAAUCCAUCCACACUGCUUAUGUCACUGUGAUAGAAAAGAGCCAACACUACAUAUACAUUGAGAACCAGUUUUUCAUCAGCUGCGCCGAUGACAAGAUUGUAUCUAACCGGAUUGGUGACUCCAUCGCAAGAAGGAUUCUAAAAGCCCACAGGGAAAACAAGAGAUACCGAGUCUACAUAGUGAUUCCCUUGCUGCCAGGAUUUGAAGGCGACAUUUCGACGGGAGGAGGAAACGCUCUUCAAGCAAUAAUGCACUUUAACUACAGGACCAUGUGCAGGGGAGAUAACUCAAUCCUUGGACAGCUGAAAGCAGAGAUCGGAGACCAGUGGAUUAAUUACAUUUCAUUCUGCGGGCUACGGACCCAUGCAGAGCUAGAAGGGAAGCUUGUCACGGAAUUGAUCUACGUUCACAGCAAGCUAAUGAUUGUCGAUGAUAAUACAGUCAUCAUUGGCUCCGCUAACAUCAAUGACCGCAGCAUGCUUGGGAAACGAGACAGCGAAAUGGCCGUCAUCGUACAGGACGCCAACACUGUUCCUUCCGUGAUGGACGGGCAGGACUACAAAGCCGGAAGAUUUGCUCAUUCUCUCCGUCUGCAGUGCUUCAGAAUUGUCUUGGGAAGCACAACAGACCCCGAUGAGCUCCAGGAUCCUAUUUGCGACAAAUUCUUCAAGGAAGUGUGGGUUUCAACAGCUGCUCGCAAUGCAACAAUUUUCGAUAAGGUUUUCCGAUGCCUUCCCAGUGACCAAGUGAACAACUUAGCCCAGUUACGGGACUUCAUCGCAAAACCAAAGCUUGCCAACGAGAACCCUGCGAAGGCAACUGAAGAACUCAAAAAGAUCCACGGAUUUCUAGUUCAGUUCCCCUUCCGUUUCUUGGACGAAGAGAAUUUGCUUCCCUCUGUUGGAACGAAGGAAUCCAUGGUGCCCAUGGAGACAUGGACUUAAGCAACAUUGGAUCAAAAUCUACUUAGAGAAAUAUUGAAUGGACUGUGGUUGCAGGCAUCUUUUCUGCCAUAGGGCGGAAAAAAGAUUUCCACUGAUCCCAAAGUGCCUUUUGAUGGAACUGUUUCCGGGUUAGGAAACAAAGACUGUGUUGUGGAGAGAAAAACUGAAAACAGCCAAUGACUGACAGGUUCUGGUAAGGGAUGAAAGAAGACUAUCCUUAAGGAAUCUUAAAUGGCUACGUGUGAAAAUACAAGUCACUUUCUUCAAAAGACCAGACAUCAUAUUACAACAAACUUCACAUAUUUCAUGCAUGCUUCAGACACAAAUCAGAAUCACUUUUUUUAGGAACAACUGUGGUAAGGCAUUUGCUUCUACUUUGGCCUUAACCUGGAUGGUCUUUUGGCCUGAACUGGAUCUUCUAGGUCACAGGUGUUGGCAGGGGAUGAUGGCAGGGGAUGAUGGGAACUGUAGUCCACAACAUCUGGAGGGCCGCAAGUUUGACACCUAUGUUCUAGGUUAACCUGAUCACGACAGAUCUCAGAAGUCAAGCGGGGUCAGCCCCAGUUGGUACCCGAUGGGAGGCCACCAAGGACGUCCAGGAAUGCUACAAAGAUACAGGCAAUGGUAAACCACCUCAGUUCUCUUGCCUUGAAAACCCUAUGGGGUUGCCAUACAUCAGCUGUGACUUGACAGAACUUUACACACAUGCAUCCAUUUUUAUUUUUGCACCAGACAGGGUGUGGUAACCCGUUGCCACCACAAGAUGACUAAGGCCACUGCCAAUAUGAUUUACCUCUAAUUCAGGACAAAAUGGGUCCUCGUCCAUGUGUCUGGUUUCAGAAGAAUGCACUGAACACCUAUGGAUGUGAUUAUUAGCCAUGUGCUGCAAAUACGCAUGUACUGUAAU